AUUGCAUCUUCCCAGGUGACCAUGGCGGGUUAUCACAGCAAACGCUCUCCCGCUUGGACCACUGCAGAGCUGCUGGAUCUGCUCAGUAUAGGGGGAGAGGAGGCUGUGCAGUCCCAGCUGUGCUGGGGCUAUAGGAAUUGGGAUACCUACGGGCAGAUUUCUCGAGGCUUGUGCGAAAAGGGCUGUGAUCAGGAUACGCUGCAGUGCAGAGAGAAGACAAAGGAGCUGAGGAAGGCGCACCAUAAGACCAGGGAGGCAAACUGUCACUCAAGUGCUUCACCUACGACCUGCCGAUUCUAUAAGGAACUGGAUGCUAUCCUCGGUGGCUACCCCACCUCCAUCGCCAAGAUCCCCGUGGAUACUUCAGAGGGCACGGAGGCAGCGGAAAGAGGACAUAACCCAGAGGAUGAAGUUAUUGAUGAAGAGGUGGAGUUAGAUGAGGAUGUGCAGCUCCCAGCGGGGUUGCUCGGUGGGGCAGGCGGCCAGGAACUGUUCUCCACUCCAGUAGUGUCUAGCCAGUCUCAGCAAUUGCUCUUCAUUGAAGAAGCAGCAGGAGAUGAGACCAUCUGAUGUGGCCUUGAGGAACACCCCACGCACUCCAGCUGAGCGUCUCCACGAGAUCAGAAAGCCCCCAAGACACAGCAAAGAAGACCUGUUCCAGGAGGUCCUGCAGUGCUCCAAUGCAGAAGAAAGGGAAUGCAAGGCGUGCCGGGAAGCCGAAUGGCAGGACAGAAAAGAGAAUCACGCAUUUGUUAAGGACACAACUGAGCAGAUGCUUAAAGUAAUGGAGGAGCAAACGCAGAUGCUGAAGUCCUUAAUAGUUCUGCAGACUGAGCAGAUCAGUGCUCGACCUCCCCUGCAGCACAUGCAGAACUCUUUUCCAUGCCCCCCCUCACUCCACCCGCACAUUCCUUUCCAGCUUCUAUGACUUCUCAGUUUCCCCUUCACUCCACCCCCUCGGAUAACUUUCACGAUAGCUGGACCUACACACAGUUGUGAAAGUCUGUACUUCACUGGUUCUUCUUUUCCCAGAAAGCAUCUGUGUGUUUGUGUGUGCUGUUUCUUCUGCAAUAAAAACAAAGUUUUAUAAUGGUAAAUCAUCUUUAUUUUUUUCUACAAGGUGAGAUUGCAGGCAC